AUGACCAAGUCUUCGAGUGUCAAGGUUAUCUACAAAAGCGACGGUGAUGAAUUCUUUGUUGUGGCUGUACCUGGAAUGACUUCCAAGUGGCGUAAAGACAAGACAAUACCCUUGAUUGACGUUGUACAAUCCUUUGAAGUCUUGAUGACUCCUAACGGUACUAGUUCAGGUGAAGCCAUUCGACCUUCCAAAGGCGUAUUAGAGAGUGCCUUUAAUACGAACAAUGUGGAUAUAGUUGUUAGAACAAUUGUAGAAAAUGGUGUAGAAAAGAACAUGUAG